AUGGAUUCUUAUUGUCUUGGUAACCCCAAAGCUAAAUUUCACCCUUUUUCUCCACCUUCUAGUUUCCUUGCACCAAUUUUCAGAAUUUCUUCAGUUCAACCUUUGCACAACGAAGAAUCACGUAAAUUUUCCAAGUUGAAGUGUGCAAAGGGACCCUCAGUUUCUAAGUUGGAGUUGGAAAUAAAUCAGGAUGAUAUGGAUAUGGAAAAAGAAUUGAUCGAAAUGAGGAGAAUGGAGGACAAGUGUAAAGGGAUAAGUGGUGGAAUAGUUGAAUUGUUGGAGUGUUUGGAAAGAGAAGCAAUUAUGGGUGAGGAUGAGGGCAAAGAACCAACAGAUUAUAAUAGGAGGGCUCAGAUAUUUGACAAGAGUUCUAAAGUUUUUCAAGCUCUUAGAGAGAGAGAUAUGGCUAGUAGCAUAUAG